GAUUUGUUUAUGAAUGGCUGAUCAAGAAUUAAAAUUGGUCAUUCUUUUUUUUACUCGUGAUCGUUAAGAAUUGGUCAUACUAAGCGAAUAAAAAAGCAAAUACUUAGUGAGAGAAGCUUCAUGAGCCACCCAAGUGGACCAGAAUAUAUCUCGAUCAUAACUCCUUACCAAUAAUUAGAGCGAAGGUUCCCACCACGUUAAAGACAACAAUAGGCUAAUACCAAUAGAGGAGUCCUUCCUAAUCCAAAGCCAAAUUUCUUCGAGAUAACCAAAGACAAUUGAGUGAAGAAAACACAAGAACCAUUUCAUAUUUCUCAACCUUUGUCCAAUUCAGCAACUUAACUCCAAUUCAUUAAAAAAACAAUCCAUUCUUACGCCACCAUGCCUUAUUAUAUUAAAUUCCACUACCACCAACAAAGUCAUAACCUGCAACAGCAAAAGCUGACUCCAGCAACAGCGAAACAAAGAGGAAGAAGAACUAGGAAUUCGUCUUCCUUUUGCUGUUGUUGUUGUCCCUCUCCUAAUCUUUGAUGGGUUCCCAGGUCUCCAAACAAGUUGAGAAAAGAAAAGCAAUCGAAAGAGAGGAAAAAAGUCUGUCUGAUCUCAAAAACUCUGGGGAAGACUACCCUGGCUCAAAUUACCAUCCAUCUGACAGAAAAAAUUGGAUGUCCGAACUCAACCCAGAGAAACUUGUGAUAAAACAAAUUGUUUGGCCUGGAACCCAUGAUUCUGCAACCAACAAGAUUGGCAUCCCAUGCAUCACUCGCCCUUUUGCUCAAUGCCAAUCCUUGUCCAUCUACCGUCAGCUUUUGAUGGGGACAAGGGUCGUUGACAUUCGGGUGCAAGAGGAUCGCAGAGUAUGCCACGGAAUCCUCGUUACAUACAGCAUCGACGUUGUCAUCAAAGAUGUCAAGAAGUUCUUAUCAGAAACCCAAUCGGAAAUCAUCAUCCUUGAGGUUAGAACCGAGUUUGGGCACGAGGAUCCUCCCGAAUUCGACAAGUACCUUGAGGAACAACUGGGGGAUUACCUAGUUCUCCAGGAUGAUAAUGUUUUUGAAAAGACCAUAGCUGAGGUAUUACCAAAGAGAGUUAUUUGCGUUUGGAAGCCAAGCAAAUCGCCACAGCCUCCAGCAGGAAGUCCUCUAUGGAGUGCAGGGUAUCUGAGGGAUAACUGGAUCAACACUGACAUGCCAUCAACCAAGUUUGAGAGCAACAUGAAGCAUCUCAGCGAACAGCAAUCUGUCACGUCCAGAAAAUACUUCUACAGAGUGGAGAACACCGUCACUCCCGUGGCGGAUAACCCCGUUGUGUGUGUGAAGCCUGUCACGGAACGCAUUCAUGGCUUUGCAAGACUCUUCAUUAGUCAGUGCUUUUCCAAAGGAUAUGCAGAUAGAUUGCAGGUAUUUUCCACAGAUUUCAUCGACCAUGAUUUCGUUGAUGCAUGCGUUGGCCUCACACGUGCGAGGGUAGAGGGUCAAGCAUGAAAAGAUGAAAUCAUCAACCUCGUCUUGAUAACUCAGUUCGUUGUUUCCUUUUCUUGUUCAUGUUUUUUAGCUCGAUCACGUAAAGUUAGAAUAUUUUUUGCUUUUCUUGAAGUGGGUGUUUGAUGGAAAUUUCUGAUAUGGAAAGAAGCAUUGGCUUGGGCUGUGGUGUAAUUGAAUCUGUACCUCAUUUUUUUGUGGUUCUACCAAUUACAAUGAAAUUAGAAGACACGGAAUGGAAAUUACAAGAUGAAAAGUUUGUUCCA